GUCCAUCCAUGUUGUUGACAAAUCCAGCCAGCCUGUGCUAGGUGGCAUGAUAUUUCAGUGACAUUUUUACUAAAGCUGUUGUUCAUAAUGAGUUCUCCAGAGGACAGGCAUGGGACAAAACGACCCGCGUCUCCAAAUGACAAUGGGUCUACACAGUGGGCAUCAGCUGAUCUGGGAAGCAGCGAAAGGAAGCAGAAGUUUUUACGUUUGAUGGGAGCUGGCAAGAGAGAACAUACCGGGCGCCUCGUCAUUGGCGACCACAAGUCGACAUCCCACUUCCGCAGUGGCCAGGAAGAUAAGAAGAUGAACGAGCAGCUAGAGAUGCAGUACCAGCAGAGCAUGGAUGGGAAGCUGUCAGGCCGGAACCGGAGACACUGUGGCCUGGGUUUCAGUGAGCCGGACCCACAGCCAGAUUCAUUUCCCUCCCCUGAAGUGGACAGUCAGACAAAAGCCACAGAGCCAGAGAAAUCCACCAGUGAAGAAGAACGCACAGACGCCCAGGACGCAGGCAGCGAUCCCACCCCAAAGGAACAGAUCUCAGACCAGGCCAAGCCCAGCUCAGACACUAGGGAUGACGAACGGAAACACAGCUAUAAAAUGGCCUUUGUGAAGUCGGCGUAGGGCAGAGGGGGCGUGUACGGGGAGGAAUUAGGUUUUGUAAUCUUAAAUUUGUACAUUUUGUUGUUUUUUUGUUUAACUAUAGGCGAACAUCCAGCAGUUUAAUCCUUUUUACUGUGUAGAAAUGAGUUCUCCAUGUGAGCACUCACUUAUCUUUGAGGCGACGACCUGAGGCCAGAUGUAUGAAACUCUGUGUAGAAAGUAAAACUGUGUGUACACACAGAUGCAGAAAUAUGCAUUCUUUUCAACAGAUUUUUAAAGCGGUGUGCACAUCUGAUUCUGUUUUAAAUUUCAGUCAUAGUGGCGCUGGGCGCACGGGCGUAAGCCUCAUAUCGACACCCCCAGUUCACCAUAAAUGGAUCUAGAAACACCCUUAAACAUCCGUUUGCGUAUUGACACGAGCCGCCAUCCACUAUUCAUUUCGCCUGUCAGUGAGGAAUAUGGUAAAGAAAGUGCAGUUUCACCGCGUUGCAUCGGCAAGCUUCACCAACGGUGCCGGAGCAGCUGUCAACAUGCGCAGUAUUAAAUGUCAGAGGGAUUCAUUAUUAUCAGUUACUCGUUCAUAGUGCUUAUGUUGAAACUGACUUUACAAAAUGCACCACAUGAUAAAAUGAAACAAUCACUAACAGGGAGAUGAAUGUAAAUGAAAAUAAUCCUGAAAUGUAUCACUCAUACGUAAUUUAAGAUUAACUUAACGAAUGCGCCCUUGAUUGACAUUUUACAGAAUGCAGGGUAAGCUGCAAAAAAUUAAACAUAACAAUCUGAAGUUGGCAAACAACCUUAAAACAUUGUGUUCCAUCUCUCAUGUUAUAUUUAAUCUUCUGAUCAUAUUACCCGCAGCUACCUCAGCUAAAACCAUGUGUAGGCCUGCUCUGAAGAAUGCGUGAGGUGCGCACAUCCUCACAGCACAUUCUUCCUUUAGUUAAUACCAGUUUAUGUUUGGGAAAAGGUGUACACAUGGUUUUUGUGCGCACACACACACACAUUUAUGCAUCUGGCCUCUGAAGUCUACGGUGUUAGAGAAUUAAGCCUGCAGGCUCAAACAUCAGCUUUUGGUUGAGUGGUGUUAAAAAAUGUCAAAUUAAGAUGGCAAAUUGUCCCAUUUUUCUUUUGUUUGAACAUUUCAGCAGUCACUGCAUUUGCCAUGUAUUGUUUUGGAUGAAACUGGAUUGCUUUGUCAUUCAGCAUGAUUGAUAUACACACUGUAAAUUGUGUGAAUUCUUGUUUUAACCAAUAAAGGGAAGUGCCAGUUGUAA